GAUAUAAACAACUUUCUACAUCACCUUCCAGGGGAUCUGCAAGCAUGAAGGUUCUGGCCGUCUCCAUCCUCUGCCUGCUCAUUGCAGUGAAUGAAGCCGUAGUGUUAGAGAAAUGUGAUUUUGCUCGCCGUUUGAAACAGCAUGGAAUGGACGGAUACCAUGGCUACAGCCUGGCCAACUGGGUUUGUCUGGCUUAUCAUGAAAGUCGUUUCAACACUGGGGCUGUAGGACCAAGAAACAGUGACGGCAGCAAAGACUUUGGGAUUUUUCAGAUCAACAGCCGCUGGUGGUGCUCUGGGUAUGGCAAAACAAGUAAUGGCUGCAAUAUGCCAUGCGACAGCCUCACAAAUAAUGACAUCACAGAUGAUAUUGAGUGUGCCAAGAGAGUUGUCCGUGACCCCAACGGGAUGAGUGCCUGGGUAGCUUGGAGGAACUACUGCAGAGGAAAAGAUCUCUCAAGCUGGACGCGUGGUUGUGGUGUCUGAGUUGGAUGUUUCUGAAUAAAGCCCAGCAUCUCCCUUGAUUCCUGCUCAUGAAUGUGAUACUUCCCUCUGAACAAUAAAAAAUCAGCUAGUUCUUUCUAUGCAGAUAUUAGCACCCUUGGGUCCCCAUGUAGUGGAGAAAAUGGCCUUCUUUGCAUAUGAAUGUGGUUCGAAGUACAUCUGGGUGACAAAGGGUGGUAUUGAUCUUUCUUGGAAUUGUUCAUUUCUCUGCAUGAAAAUCUUGAAUAAAUGCAUCACAGUCAAAACCC